AUGUUUCCUAACCAUUCUUUUAUUGCUUCAAAUCCUAAUUUGAAGGUCAGUAGCUUAAUUGUGAAUGGUCAGUGGACCAUCCAUGAAGAUUUUCAACAAUUCUUUAAUAUUGAUCAACUCCCAGUUCCUAGAGAUGGUGCAGAUGUUGUAAUCUGGUGUAACAUCCAUUCUGGCCAAUUCACAGUUGUUGAUGCAAUGAAGAAAAUCAGUUCUCCCAUGCCUAAGCUGCACUGGUACAAGAAAAUAUGGAAUCAUGCAGCGCUCCCCUCUACCACAACCAAUAUUUGGAAGAUUACCAGAGGAGCUUGUGCUACUGAUGAAAACCUUAUCAAGAAAGGGUUCAAUAUGGUUUCAAGAUGCUACAUUUGUAAAAAUAAUAUUGAUUCUUUGAAUCAUAUAUUAUGGAACUUUAACUUCAGUAAGCUUCUUUGGAGAUGGCUAGGAGGUAUUUUUCAUUUUCUCAAUCCUCUUUCCUUUGAAGAUGUUUUGAAAUUAAGUAAAACCUCUAGCCCUAUGAUAAAAGAGAUAUGGGCUAUUUGCUCUUAUACUCUAAUGGUUGAACUAUGGUUCUUAAGGAAUAAUAUCUGUUAUGAUGAAGAUAAACCUAAUUUCACUAAAAUUCAAUACAAAUUAUGA